AUGCCUGUUCCAUUCGAAGGGUUGUUGCCCUACGCUAUUAUGACGGCCUUCUUUGGCCUUGCUGGUCAUGGUGUCGGUUUCAUCAGAUACUGGGACAACGGCUGGAAGAAUGACAGAUUUGACUUGGACCAGUGGGAUCAAAAGAUGAUGGCCAGAGACUUUUUGUUGACCGGCACCAAGCGUGGCCAGCUGUCAGAUGCAGUUGCUCCAGAGCACUUCAAGACCUCUCAUAUUGUCAAGGAGUCGUACUGGACGCCAUACAGAGACCAGUUCUUCUCUUUCAGAGAGAGAUUGUACAGAGGUUAUGUUAGCGGAACCUGGGACUUUAGCUAG